GAUUUAAUAAUUUAUACAAAAAAACUAAAUAACAAAAAACUAAUAAAUACCUUAACAUUAACUAUUUAUUAUUCAAUUGAGCUUUUUUUUAAUGAUUGAAUAACCGAGCGAUAAAUAAUAAGCGUAUUCAAUAAAUUAUUUGUAAGCUCCUAUUUAAAUGUCAUUGGAAAACAUUUCUCCUAUAGACAGCGAUAGGGAAAUACCUUUAAAGAUUGAAGAUGCUUUGAUAUUUGGAAGCUAAUCUAAAUUAAACUAAGAUGAGAUUGAAAAGAUGAACAAAAAUAUAGUUAGAUAAUUCAACAAGUAAACUACGUUAGAAGAAAUUGAAAAUCCAUUUCUUAGUAUGGAUGAUAAAAUAAAAAAUGCUUUGAUGGCUCUAAAAAAGCCAAUUUAUUAGCGCAAUUUGAAAGAAUAAAAAGCCAUUAUUAGAGUGAUAGAAUCAAAUCAGUUUAUUUAAAAAACUAAAUUAUAUAAUAAAUCCUUAUUAAACUAAAUUUCAAACUGUGUUUAAUUAGAAAAAAUUCAAAAAGGCAAACCUGUGUUUUGGUAUGGAGAUCGUCCAGAUAAAUUCUACUUAAUUGUAAAGGGUAAAGUGAGUGUUUUAGUGCCUAAAUCUAAAAAUGAAAUUGCAUAAAUCAAAGAAGAGCUUUAGAAUAAUUCUUUCUCAAGUAAUUCUAUUGAGAGUCCUUUAAAAAAAAUGACACAUGAAUAGAAUCAGUAUUCACUUCUUCUGAACUUUCCUAAUAUAAGCACAAAUAAAAAUAAUAUAAAAAAAUUAGAUAAAAGUAAUGAUUUUGAAAAAUCUUAACACUCCCUAGAUAGUUCAAAGAAUUAUGAUGAAUAUAACUCUCCCUUAACUGCAAUGCAGUCUAGGAAGAAGUCUAAUUUUUCGCAAAUUAACAGCGAAAGGCAAAUUAAAAUUAAUCAAAAUAUUAAAAAAAUCACAACAGUAUCUCCUUUUUAACCCGCUCUACAAAUAAAGAAAAAUAUAUUAUUGAAAAAAAAAAGACUAGAUGAUUACUAGUAUUAAGAUCAUGAUGUAAUUAUUCCUGGCAUCCCUUUAACUCGCUAAGAAAUAUUUAACUGGAAAUAAUAUUUUUUAGUAGAAGAUGAAGUUACUAUUAUGAAAUAUAACCACAUCAAAUUUUUAACAGAUGGAGAAGUUUUUGGUGAUUUUGGACUUUUGAUAAGAAAACCACGUUCUGCUACGAUACUAGCUGUUCAAGAUACUAUCGUCCUUUCCAUAUAAAAGUCUGAUUAUGAAGAACUCAUCAGGGAAAUAUCUUACAAUAAGAUGGAAAAGAAGGUGAAAUUUUUUUAAUAAAGCCUCUGCUUUAAUGAGAAUAAGAUUAAGCCUGAAUAAUUAAAUUAAAUUGUCUUAGAUUUUUCUACUAAGAUUAAACUUAAUUAAGGGUGGAAUCUUUUCUAGGAAGGAGAUCCCACAGAUUCUCUUUAUUUAAUAAAGAAAGGAGAGCUUUAAUUAUCGAAACAUAUAAGAUUUACUUAUAAUGAGACAACUUAAUAAUAUUCAUAUGACAUCGAGAGUAAUCAUAACAACUUGAAUGAUUCUCUGACAAAUCCAUCUACAUCGAAGAAAGGAAAACUAAAGACAUGCUAAUUAGAUUAUAUAAUAGUUUCAGCAAAAGAAUUUAUUGGAUCAGAAGAUCUUUUUUACAAUAAAAAGUUUCGUACAUACACUGCAAAAUGCUUGACAGAUGUAACAGUUUAUGUAAUAUAAAAGAGCUAAUUACUAAAGCUAAUAAAUGAGUUUUUUUUCUUCAAAAUUGCCAUGCAAAAAUAUGCUCACUCAAAAUUAGAGCAUCAUUUAGAGAGAAUAGAUAGUGUAGCCUCAGCAAAGAAGCUCAAUCUAGAACUAAAUUAAAAAAAUAUAAAUACUUUUAGAAGUAGUUCUUAGAAGGAUUUUGGAGCUCCUAAUAAUUCUGAACGAAAGAGUUUUUUCUGUAGAAACACUACUCAAAAUUUUAUGUAACAAUUUUUGCCUCAAUAAAAUUUUUAGUCUAAGACACUAGUACUAUCUUUGAAAAAUAGUUCUUCAAAUAUUUAAGGAGCAAAUAAGUCAGAACAAUCUUUUAAAAAUUUUUAAGAUAAUUAGUAAUAAAAUCCCAAUAUGUAUUAUAAUCACAUUCCUUCACUUUAAUUGAUUGAUGAAGGUUCUCAGUAACAAAAUGGUAGCAUCUAAUAAAAUGGAUACUUAAGCAGCCAAAAAAGAUUACAACAUAAAUAACCAAUAAUGAGUGAGUAAAAUAAUAACUAGAAUAAUGAAGAUUUAAAAUUAAUGUUCGAAGACAUCGAUAUAUUCAGAAACGUUUAAACUUAUAGCGAUGAGCAUAUUGAGGAUGAAGGAUAACCUACCUCACCUUCAGGGUAAAAUUAAUUUUGGUUUGACUAGGGCUUGAAAACAUAGCUUGAUAAAAAAAUUAAUCAUCAAAUAAAAGAAAAAGAUCCCUCUUACAUUAAAAAAGUAAGACAAACAUUUAAAGGAAAUAUGGAAUGUAGUAGAUAUGGUUUGUUAGAAAAAAGACUUAAUAAACUGAUUUCUUCCAAACCAAAAUUAAUAUCAACUGUUUUUAAUUAACUUUAAUAAACAAAAACUGUAUCAAAUGAGCAGAGUACUCAAAUACCUUUAAAUAAUGUAUAAAAGCAUAAAAGCAGCAUGAAUUUGCUAUAAGUAAAAAAGUAAGAGUCCAUAUCUCCAGAAAAAAUUUCUGCUACUUCAAUAUAGUUCUAAAGUUAGAGACAAAUAGAAUUAGGAUAACCAAAAUAGCUUGACAAAUUUUUAGAUAUGCAAAGCUCUAUUUCUAAAAUAAAAUCUUAAAUGACUACUCCAAGAUAAUAAAAAUUAAAGAAUUUUUAUAUGCUUGUUGAUUAAAAUGACUUAGAGAGCAACGACUAUCAAAUUGAUAUUGAUCUUCAUAAGAAAAAGAAAUGUGAAAAAUCAAAAUCCAUAUUUUUGUCAACUGAGCAUAAUUCACAAAAUAGCAUCGAUCACUUUUAACUCUAACCUAUCUAUUAAUGCCAAAAGUUAGGUAAACCUUUAUAAAAUAAAACUAUUUAGAAGUAAUAAAGUCAUAGCUUUACAGUUCCACUAUAGUCUCCUUCAUAAGAAUAAGCAAUAUCCAAAAAAAAAUUUGAUAAACUAAAUCUAGAAAUUACAAACUCAAACUCAAAAUCGAACUUCGCAAGUCCUAGAUUAUCUAUUGAUUUAAUGCAAAAGAGUCGAGAAGAAUAAAAAAUGUUUACUCAUAAUAUUGGUUUUAGAAGUCAUAGAUCUUAAAAAGAAUUUUAGAGUGUGAAAAAGAAAAAUGACUUUUUUCAAAGCGAUUACUUCGAAAUUAAAGGAUUUUCUAAAAAAAAAGAAGAAUUCUUAGUCAGCUGAAAGUUUAAUAAAAAUAUGUAUUAAAUAUAUUAUUCAAUUUUAAAAUAAUUAUUUUUGAUUAAAAGUAUUAUUUAUGUUAUUUAUUUAUUUAUAUCAAAUAUGU